CAAUAAACAUUCUCAACAAAACACUUGUUUGAGACUUUGAGUUGUUUCAUGUCAUCCUUAUUCUUUCCCAUAUAAGCUACGGCGCCCCAUUAAAACGCUCUCUCAAAAUGAUACUUUCUGUUUCAACCAAAUCCCUCCCUCCAAAAAUAUAGCGAUGGAGGAGGAGCCAUGGGAGGCCCUCGAAGUCGACGAUUCCGAUCUCCGUUUUCUCCUCCAGCCCUGCAAGCGCCGCUGUCCCGACAACCGGAACCCUAAUUCCGCCACCUCCACUUCUUCUCAUCCUUCCCUUGAAGCCACUCAAAUCUUGGGAGACGGAGAACAGCUCUCUCUCCCGCAACCCGAGUCCGCUCAUCUCCCGUCGCCGCCGCCGAAUCGCAUCCCCGGUCCGGCCUCGCUCGUACAGUCCGCGAUGCACCAGCGAGAUUUAGACCGUCGGAAUCUCGAUCCCUGUUUGUCUCAGGGCGGGAGUCCUGUUCCUACUCAGGAUUAUGUUAGGAAGGCAGUUGAGGAUUCUUCCGAAUUCGAUCAUGAUUUCAAAUCCGACGCCUGGACAUGCGCUCUUCAGUUUAUCCGUGAAGUGUCUGGAAUCACAACUUUGAAGGCUAUCACAAAAUGUCGGUCUAAAGUGAAGAAGGUUGUGGCCGUAAUAAAGUCAUCCAAACCAAACGGACUUGGUGGUCUCAUGGUAACUCUGAAGGAUCCUACAGGUACCAUUGUUGCUAGCAUUCAUCCAAAAGUUCUUACUGAGGGAAUACAUGGGAAGAACAUAGAUGUUGGCAGUGUCGUGGUACUAAAGGAGGUCACUAUAUUUGCCCCUUCAAGGUCAGCAGUUUAUCUUAAUAUAACCCUCAGAAAUUUGGAAAAGGUGCUCUCUCUAUUCUUAGGUAUUCUGCAAGGAUAAUAGUGAUUGUCUACCAACAAAUGCUGCGAAAAUUGUCAGUUCAGAUAAAGAAAUGACAGACGAAAGAGCAGGUGUGGGAGAAACGGAUAUUGAAAUGGAGAAGGAAAACUCGCUUCCGUGUAACUACACACAACCAAGCAUGAGACAUGCUGUUGUUGCAGAGAAAGAGGCUUUAAAUUCCAGUGAAUGCCCCGUGAAGAAAGUUGGAGAAAUAAUAAAAAUGGCGACCAGUCUCCAUAAACAGCCUGGAGGAGUCUCUAGAACUACACAAACCUUACCCAAGAGCCAAACAAGUCACGAAGAAUCUCAUAAAACUGGUGAAGUUCUUCGCCAAACGCAGUCUGCUGUUCCAAAGGCUCCACUUGUAGAGUGGACAGAUGAACAGCUAAGCCAACUUUUUGCUGGCGAUGGUUUGGAAGAUCUCCGUGCCUGCAAAAACCGCACUGGUCAGCAAGAAUGCAAAGAAACCGAGGAAGUUCUCGGCAAAUCUCAACCAUUGAUCUCAAAGACUUCUUUCCCAGAAUGGACUGAUGAACAACUCUAUGAACUUUUUGCUGGGGAAGAAAUGGAGGGGUAACAUCUCAUUUUGAUUUCUCUUCAAUGUCAUAUACUGAUAUACAUCUACACAAACACACACACUAUGCAUAGUUGGAACUAGGGAAGGAAGGUGGGGCUUAUGAAUGUCUCUUUUUUUUGUAAAUUCUGCUGCUGUUAUCUUGUGAAAGGUUAUGGCAAUUUUUUUGAGGGUUCAAACAGUUGGCUCUUAUUAAGUGAUGUUUAAACUAAAGUUGUACAUAAGUAUUAAAAUUUUUGCUGAUAU